UCUUUUUGUUUUGCUUAUCAUUAAAGAGAAAAAGAACAGAAGUUCCCAGCGGCGGUCAUGCAACAGCUCGAGCGCGGGGGACACGCGCAGCAGACGGCCCCAGACGCCUCAAGGCUGCGCGCGAAGACACGGCGCAGGCAGACUCACAGACGGGGCUCCCCCACCCUGGACACGGCGGCAGCGAGUUGGGAAGCCCAGGAAACCCCGGGUUCCCGUCGGAAGCCUCCUGGUACCCAGUCCCCUCCUGCAGCACCAAUCUGGGGCAGGACAUGGGGCCCCGACGCCUGCGGGAACCAGGGGCUCCCCAAAAUCCCCGGGGGAGGAAUUACCUCGCAGCGGGGGACGCAACCCGUUCGGGGUGCCAGCGAGCACAGCGUCUGCCCUAACCCGGCGCCCUGGUGCUGCUCGGCAUCAGGGUGCGGGGUCCCGGGAGAGGAGCCGUCCGGGGGGCCGCGGCUCAGGGGCGCGGGGCGAUGGCAGCGGCCAUAGCGAGUCACGUGCGGAGGCUGAAACUUUACCCGGAGCCCCAGACUGAAGGGGCGGAGGGUACGGAGCAGAGGUGGGGGGAGGCCCUGUCCCUCAGGCCCGCCCCUGCCCGCCCACCGACCAAUCACCAGUCAGGGGCGGAUCUACAGGCUCACGCCCGCCCCCGCCUCUCCUUAAUAGACCUCGGGAAGGGCGAGUCUUAAAGGAGCCGCUCCUAGUUGAAGACUGGACCGUGGGAAUCCGGGAGACUCCCUCCCUCAGACCCAGAAUCGAAGAUUCCGAGCAAGAACAGGGUGAGGUUCUGCGGAAAGAAUGAAAAUAGCGCUCGGUGGAGAAGACCGCAGCGUGUGGUAUCCUACACUCCUUUCCCCCCAACCACACACACACCCACACCUAAACCUGAGAAGUGAGGCGGCGGCGUAAUAUGGAAGUGAGUGCGGUGACUCCUGCCCUAGCUGUCAAGCCCCUGAAUCCUAUAAUUAUAAUCCUCUUCUAGGGACCAGCUGGAACUGAGAGCUGUGUGACCUUGACCAAGUCACUUCCCUUCCCUGGAUCUUAAUUAUCUCAGCUGCAAGAAAAAGAAAAAAAAAAAAGAGUCCAGGAGUAGAUCUCCCGCAAGUAUAUCUCUUCUUUCCCCAAACACCUCUGCAGCUCCAGUGGGUCCUAGGAACUCUGGCUCAACCCAACCCUCCCAGCCCCCUUAAAGUACUCUUCUCCUCAAAGGGCAAGACUUUUGGAUCUUCCAGUAGGGGCGCCCAGGAGCACCCCUCCGUGCUCAAAGACUCAGACUCAAGCUUUUCUCUCCCGAACAAGUCUGGAGAAGCCAGGAAAGCUCUUGUUCAUGUUCCAGCUGGACAGGAUCUGAAUCACCCUCCAUCUGAGAGACCCCCAGUCCCCAAUACAGUCAUGACCCCCCUCCCAGCCUGCCGCUCUGUUUGGGAGGAUCCUGUCCCCAUCGCUAGCAGUCCACUGGCGGGCUUAGGGGGAAGCAGAAUUGCUUAGAAUACUCCCCUCUCGCCCUGUUCCCAGGCAGAGAAGUGGCCACAAGUGCCCCCACAGAACUUCCCACUGGAAGGGGAAGUGCUGCACUCCCAGGCCUCCAGCCCAGUGAGGAGACUCUCAGCCUGACCCGAUGGCAGAGCUCUCAAACCCACUGGUCCGACGGACCCCGCUUUACAAACAAGGAAAGAGAGUCCAACAGCAGGCACUGGGUUUUGUGCACAGUCGCACCGGUUGCAGAGCCGGGUCUAGAAUUGAAGUAUCUGAUUGUCCCUGGCUUUAGCCCAAGAGCCAUGGUAAGGUAGGACAAGCCAGGAUGGCGGGACCCUUUGCCCUGAGGGCCGGCGCACGGGAAACUGCCCCAGCAGUGCUGGGCCGCGCUUCCCCAGGCCCCUUCCCGCCUGCUGGGCCGGAGCUGUCUCCCGCUCCGGUCUGGAUUUCCGUCCGCCGGUGCGAACCUCCCGCCCAGCCCCUCCCGCCCUGUCCUGUCCAGAUUCAUCCGCAAACAUGCGCUCAGCCGGCAGGAAUGCGCCAAUGGCUCCCAGAUGUGGACGCCACCGCUUAACCCCUUACCCCCCAGCCGCGCUCCCCCAAGGGCCUUCCAGCCUGAGCCCCGCCAACAGCAGGGAGCUCUGCCCAGGUGAGAACCAGCCCAGGACUGGAGUCAGCGCCAGCCCGCCCCCAGUGCCCACGGACACCUCCCAACCUAGAUUCUACCUGUCUUCCUUCCUUGAGGCUGGAGGGGAAGGCUCAUGGACACAAGAAUGCAAGCAUGCAUGCACACAGCUACACUGCCUCCCAAGUGGGACGACCUUCAGGUACACCUACCAUCAUAGGGUCAGGCAUCCUGGUACAAAUGCAUUUCCACGUGCACAUUCAGGGCAGGGAUGUGUACAUCCCCGACGCAUGUAUGCACAUCCACGCAUGAACAAGUACAUCCAAACACAUUUGUGCACAGACAAGGGCAUGAAGCAGAGGGUGGGGCACACUUCUGCACAGACACAGAAGUAGCCCCAUGUGUGGAUGAAGGAAGAAAUUCAUACACACAAACCCACCCCCCGCAGGGGUCAGACACUCAAACAAGACCAGCACCCGUGUGUACAAACACAUAGCAUGCACAUCUUUGGGGCAUUUCCUUCCUGUCCAGGGAAACCAGUACCACCUGUCCAAGGCCCAGCCCUACCCAAGCUUGACUGCAGAAGGCAGGAGAGGUCCCCAGGUGGGGGACCAGGAGUCUUCAAUCUGCAGCAGCAGUUGAACUCCAGCUAUGCUGGGCUCAUAACAGGGCUUCUACCACCCCCUCCCACCAGGGACUCUGAUGCAGGAGGAGAGAAGGGUACCCAGGGAGCAGCAGGAAACUAGCAGAGAGAGAAAAGCCACAGGCUCGGGGCGCCUCACUCUAGGAAGGACACUCCUUGGGGCCUACUGUUUCCCUGCACACAGGAGAUAGGCUGGGGGAGGAGUCUGAGCCCCAUCCCUCUUCAAACUAGAGGAAGUGAAGGAAGAGAGUCUGGACAGGUACCAGGGCCAGUGGCAGUUCUCAGUAGUCAAAAGAGAUAAAAUAUAGCUCUGAGACACCCUAGGAGGGCCCACACUUCUAGUACAACAAGGCUGUCUUCUCACAGCCUGUGGAAACUCCUGAAGAACAGCAUUAAGUGAUAGUCCGAAGAGAUGAUGAGAAGCAAUUGGCCCUCCAAGACCAUGGUGCGGGAGUUUGUUGGAACCAGCUCCAGCUGACUCCUCUUCCCCUCCCAAGCCUCCUAGCUCAUCCCAAAAGGAGCUCCUCCCACAAGUAUCUUAAUAGUCCCACUCCAUUUGAUUCUCACAGUCCUGAAGGGGCAGGCUCCUGUUGCCAUUGUAGAGAUGAAAAAACUGAGGCUCAAAAAGAAAAUUGCCUUCCUCAACGUCAUACAGCUUGUCAAUGGCAGGGCUGGGAUUCAAACCCAGGCCAGGUAUGGUGGCUCACACCUUUAAUUCUAGCACUUUGGGAGGCCAAGAUGGGACUCCAGGAGUUGCUUGACUCCAGGAGUUCAAGACCUGUCUGGGCAACAUAGCAAGACCCUGUGUCUUUUUUGUUAAAUAAAUAUAUAUAU